GCGGCGGCCGGGGGGGAGCCGCGUUCCCUGAUCAAACGGCGUUCUUUGACCAAAGCCCCAUUCUCUCACCAAGCCCUGUUCCCUGCCCAAAACCCCGUUCCCUGACCAAAACCCUGUUCCCUCACCAAAGCCCGUUCUUUGACUAAACUCCAUUCUCUGACCAAAUCCCUUUCCCUGCCCAAAGCUCUAUUCCCUGAUGAAAUCCCCGUUCCCUGACCAGAGCUCCUUCCCUGACCAAACCCCGUUCUUUGACCAAACCCCGUUCCCUGCCCAAAGCCCCAUUCCCUGAUAAAAUCCCCGUUCCCUGACCAAACCCUAUUACCUGACCAAAGCUCCAUUCCUUAACCAAAGCCCCAUUCCCUGACCAAACCCAGUUCUGUGACCAAAACCCCAUUCUCUGACCAAAAUCUGUUCCCUGACCAAAGCAUCAUUCCUUAACCAAAGCCCCAUUCCCUGCCCAAACCCCACGAGCUGAGCUUGUUCUCUGAUUUCUGCUUCCAGCCAUGACCAUGCAGUUCAUCAGCCAUCGGUUCCCUGAGGACCACGAUCCCACCAUUGAGGAUGCCUAUAAAAUCCGGAUCCGCAUCGAUGAUGAACCUGCCAACCUGGAUAUUUUGGAUACAGCAGGACAGGCAGAGUUCACAGCCAUGAGGGAUCAGUACAUGAGGGCUGGAGAGGGUUUCAUCAUCUGCUACUCCAUCACGGACCGGCGCAGCUUCCACGAGGUGCGCGAGUUCAAGCAGCUCAUUUACCGCGUGCGCCGCACCGACGACACCCCCGUGGUGCUGGUGGGCAACAAGUCUGACCUCACCCAGCUGCGCCAGGUGUCCAAGGAGGAGGGCUCUGCCUUGGCACGAGAAUUCAGCUGCCCCUUCUUCGAGACCUCGGCCGCCUUCCGCUACUACAUCGACGACGUGUUCCACGCGCUGGUGCGUGAGAUCCGCCGCAAGGAGAGGGAGGCUGUCGUGGCCUUGGAGAGGAAAUCCAAGCCCAAAAGCAACAUCUGGAAAAGACUCAAAUCCCCCUUUCGUAGAAAGAAGGAUUCAGUCACUUGAACAGAAAAAGAAUUCUGCAAAACCAGGACAAAAAGCUGUGACCCUCCGGCAGGAUGUGACACCGGAGAGGGAAUGUGGAACUCUGCCAGUUGUUUUUGUUUAGAACCGUGUUGCCUUCUGGGUGUUGAACUUCAAGCCCAGUUGUACUUUGUUGUUAUUUUUUUACUGGACCCAGGUGAUGGGUUCAUGGCCCUGCACUUUGGAGUGUUUGUCCUUGGAAGCUGAACUGUGCAAAGCAUUGUUGGAGUUCAGCCUCUCUCUUGAAUCCGUGGUUUUCUCAGUUGUUUGCACAAGAGGAUUUUGCUUUUUUUUUCAUGAGAGGCUGGAAGAGGUGAUCACAAAGUGACUUCUUGUGCCCUCAUGGAA